AGCGCUCUGAGGCAGACGGAAACAGAGAGCGCGAGAUAGUUUCUGCUUCAGAAACAAGAAUGGCCUCCAUGUCAUCUCUAAACGCCUAUUCUUACAACAAGUUGCACAGCAAACACUACAACAUUGCCACUGCUCGUCCUAUUAUCCUCUCUCAGCAACAACAGCCCAAAGACGACGACAAACCCACUACUAACGCAGUUGGUCGAAGAGAAAUAGUACUGAGAAGCAGCGAAUUGGCAGUGGUCGGAGCCAUUUUCAACUUCAGCGGGAAAAAGCCUGAUUACCUUGGGGUGCAGAAAAGCCAACAGUCUUUGGCUCUCUGUCCGGCUACUAAAAAUUGCAUAUCGACCUCUGAGAGUAUCACGGAUCUUACUCAUUAUGCACCACCUUGGAACUACAACCCUGAAGAAGGACGUGGUAGGAAGAAGCCUGUGAGCAGAGAGGUUGCAAUGGAGGAACUUCUCCAAGUGAUAAAAUCAACAAAACCAGACAAGUUUACACCGCGUAUAGUGGAGAAGAAAGUUGACUAUGUGCGAGUAGAAUACCAAAGCCCCGUACUGGGGUUGGUUGAUGAUGUUGAAUUUUGGUUUCCACCGGGCAAGGACUCGAUAGUGGAGUAUCGUUCUGCUUCACGAUUGGGAAACUUUGAUUUUGAUUACAAUAGAAAGAGAAUCAAGGCAUUGCGAUUAGAGUUGGAGAAGAAAGGAUGGGCUUCCCAAGACAGUUUCUGAGGAGCUAAAGUUUAUAUAUGAAUUGGAAAUCAAAAAUAGAUUCAAAAUGUAUCUUUCCUUUGAUUUCUAGGAAGUGAAAUAUGUAUAAUUCUGUGAGAAUGCCAUGGUUAAGAAAGACUUUCGAAAAAUGUUAUUCUUUUUACUUGCUUCCA